GACCAUGUCAGGGCGGGCUGAAUACGAACUCGUUCCCUCCACAGACGACCCAAACGCUCCCCGGCCAACUCAGAGAGACAGGGAUCAAGCGCUGCGAUCGCGUCGAAUUAGACUCGUCCUACUUUCGAUUGUCGUCGUUGUACUGCUCGGCGUUUUCUACAGAUUCUGGUUUAGAGAUUCACCGAUUGAAGGAGGACGACUUCCAGACGAAGAAUCAAAAGAGGGUACAUCCAGUAGUAUAACGUCAAGUAUCCCCUCGGAACCGACACAACAACCGCCAGAAGGAGGUGACGAAACUGGUGGAGACAAGAUGCCUACUGGGAAAUAUAGCGUUGGAUACUUCGUGAAUUGGGGAAUUUAUGGAAGAAAGUUCCCUCCGCAGAAGAUCCCUGUCGAGGAUUUGACUCACAUUCUGUACGCAUUCGCCGACGUCCGUCCUGAUUCAGGUGUCGUACACAUCACGGACGUGUGGGCAGACAAAGACAUCCAUUAUCCCGGCGACUCUUGGGACGAAUCAGGAAAUAAUCUCUACGGCAACUUCAAAGCUCUCUUCAAGCUUAAACAGCAGAAUAGGCAUCUGAAGACGCUCUUAUCCAUUGGUGGCUGGACAUACUCACCACACUUCCACCCGGUUGUCGUCUCGGAAAUGGCGCGACAGAACUUUGUACAAAGUGCAGUGCAUCUCAUGGAGAGUCUUGGGCUGGACGGAUUAGAUAUUGACUAUGAAUACCCGUCUAAUGCGUAUCAGGCCAAUGGCUACGUUACCUUACUCAAGGAGCUACGCGAGGCAUUGGAUGCUCGAUCACAGGUCCGAGGAACGAACCAUAAGUUCUUACUAACCAUUGCAGCGCCAUGUGGCCCGGAAAACUAUAAGAUGCUACGGAUUGGAGACAUGGACAAAUACCUAGAUUUCUGGAAUUUAAUGGCCUACGAUUACGCUGGAUCAUGGGGUACGACUGCGGACCACCAGGCUAAUGUGUAUGGCGGAGGCGUCAACUCGAACGAUGCUGUUCAAUGGUACAUACAGCACGGUGUACCUCGCCAUAAGAUUAUCCUUGGUAUUCCGUUGUACGGACGCAGCUUCAUGAACACAGAAGGACCAGGAAAACCCUUCUCCGGUAUUGGACCAGGAUCAUGGGAAGCUGGCGUGUACGAUUAUCGCGCGCUUCCUCUUCCAGACACGUUCGUGUUCCGCGAUGAGAAAGCCAUCGCAAGCUGGAGUAUUGAUUAUCAAAAACGCGAGAUGGUGAGCUUUGAUUCAGAGGAGAUUGGUAAGUGGAAGGGCGAGUGGAUUAAGACGGAGGGCCUCGGUGGGAGCAUGUUUUGGGAGUUGAGUGGGGAUAAGAACGGUCCACGCGAGGGUAUGGAUGGUGGUUUGGGUAAGGACCCGCAGCCAGGAAGGAGCUUGGUCAAAAUUGUCAAUGAAGCGAUGGGCGAGCUGGACAGGAGUCCGAACUGGCUUAAUUAUGAGUACAGCGAGUUCGAUAACAUGAAGAACGGGAUGCCAUAAAGUUACACUAGUUUAAUUUAUGAUCGGAUCGGAUUAAUGGACACAUUGUACACACGCUAGUCGGCUUUGCAAUCUUGACGAUGACUUUCUC